AAGCAUGGAGGAUGGAAAUAUUUCAAGGGUUUUUGGUGUUUGAAAGAGUCAAGAUGGGCGACAGGCCAGGCACUGGAUUCGCGACCGCGGCAGCGUCAUGGCGCCGGCGACGAGACAAUCCCAGGUUUUCUAGCUUCUCGAGUUCCAUGGAUGACGUUACAUUCUCUAGCAAUUCGGAGCCGCAAGGAAAGACUGCUAGCCUCCAGCUCUAUGGACAGAUCGAGAAGGUUUUUGUGGACUCUGCGAUGAAAACACAAGGAACUCUUGGACGCUGGCAGGAAAUCCAAGGAGCAUGGAUUCUAAGACCGAGCAAAGGAGAUCAGUUGCCCGUUUUGUGGGUGGUGCUCCACGGAUCACGUAUCGCUUGUUUCUGGAACGCCUUAUAGAGCCCUUAAGGACUAGCAACAGUUUCGGUGGGCAGAGAGAGGAUUCUUGAUCAUAACAAUGCUAUAAUGCCAUUUAUUUGUUAUGAUAGCACUUCAAAAGACAUUCUAUAUUGACCAUUUCACCUUUAAUAAGUGUCCUACUCAGCCACUUUAACCAUAUCAUAUCAUUUGUUUAAAUUAUUAUUUUGAAUUAAGGACAUUGUUA